UCUUUGAUCUCCUUUGACAAAUGAAAGAAUCUAUUCAAUUGAAACGUACUCAUAUAGAAGGUACCAUUCAUAAAAGAGCACCAUUACGUCCAGCCGCUUCUAUUGAUAAUAUUUAUAUUGCUAACAAGACCAAAGUUCAAGUUAUUAUUAAUCGUGUCAAGAGACUCAUGAUCAGUGAAAAAUAUGCUACUAUUUCUAUUCAUGGUAUGGGUCCAUUGAUACCUCGUGCUAUUAUCAUUGCUCAAGGUUCCCAGAGAGCUUUAGAGAACCAAGUUAAUCUUCAAAUGACAACUAACACAGUGACUCUAUUUGAUGAUAUUAUCCCUGACGAUAUGGAUUUGGAUAUUGAAACACAACAAAGACAGAUUUCCACGAUUCGUAUUGAUAUUAUUGCCAAACCUGGAUUGAAAAAUUUACAGAAUGGUGCCAACAUGAUCGAUCGUCGUCCAUCCCGCAAUCGCAAACUCAAGUAUCCAUAAAUAUACUUUUUUAGUGUAACUACUUUUGAUAAUGCCCUGAUGCAGUCUCCAUACUCCCUUUUUCCCUCCUCAUUUUACCUCUUAUUCCAAUUUGGAAUGUUAUCCUUUCUUCAUCCUAUUUGUAUUAUAUGUUGCUUCGAUUAUUAUGUUAAUAAAAAAAAAUCAUGUACUAUA